AAGCCUCGGUACAGGCGUCCGCCUGGCUUGGCUUGGCUGGUUUUUAUUAACAAUCGCAUAGGAAAAUACUCCGUGCUUUCAGUUCUGCUUUUCAUUGUAAUGAUCGAAAAGCAAAUUAAUGUCAACCUGACAUUUUUAGUAGCUAUCUGGUCACAUAUUAAUUUACUACCUGUGCGGUUGAUCUCUGCAAUAAAUAUUUCAACUUAUUACCUGAAUAGAAAACAAAAAAUCUGCAAAAAUGGGGAUGAUAGUGAGUUGCUUUUCCAAUGUUAUGUACCUAUCUGAAAAGAUGGUACUAUGGAUGACUUGCGUUGGGUUAAUUUCUUGCAUCAUGCUCAUGUUUGUCAUAACCCUGGGAAUGGGCAUUGGUUUGGGAUACAAUUACUGCUUUGUGGACCUCAAAACGAGAUUUAAACGCGUACCGGGUCAUUAUGUUUACAAAGGAUUGCGUGAGGAUGAAAACCAACUGCAAGCAGGCAUGACAGAUAAUCCCAUAGAUGACGCGCUCAGAGAAACACCUCCCUAUCUUUCACCGGAUCCUUCAGAGGUUGAUAAAAAAGCUUUCCGUGAUCACCCAGAGAGAAAGUACUCUAUUUACAAUACAAAGAUCAGUAAUGAAACACUACAAGAAUUAGUUGAGAAACUUGGUUUAAAUGAAAACGAUACCAAUGCGGAGUAUGCUGAUGACAAUGAAGAGGAAUCGGAAACUACAAGCAAUAAUGCGACUGAACUAAUUGCUACUCUUUUACCUGUUUCGAAAACUGCUUCAGAAUAUGCCUCAGAAUAUGCUUCGGAAAUGGAAUCACAAAUGGACUCAAAAUCGACACCAGAGAUAGGUUUAGAGAAAUCUUCAGAAGCUGCUUCGGAAUCGACGACUGUUUAUACAAACUCUUAUGCUCAUUUUGACGAGGUCGAAAAGAGUGUCGAACUCAGUGAUGCCAUUAAUGAUCCUGCCACGAGGAGCACGAUUCGCGAUCCUUAUGCUCCUGAUGAAACGGAAGCUCCCGUCGUUGACAUUGACGUAGAUAGACCAGACGAGUCAGGAGGCAAGAGAGUGAAAAAAGUUGUUAUACCAAUAAGUGGUCUAGAUUUAAUAAGCUUGCUAUCGAAACUGAAGACCGAAAACAGAAAUUAUUCCCUGCAGAUAGUCACAACUUGAUAUGUUUUAAGUGGUUUAGAUGUGUUUUUGAUUUUAGAUUUCUUUAUACCUACGUUAUUUACUGUAGGUAUUUUAUUUCUAAGCUGUUUUUAGGUAUUUUACUUUAAAUAUACAAAUUUUAUUUUUUCAAUUGUGAUUUCCUUAAACUGAAUGAAUUCUCAUCUUUAGGCUAGCCUAUCUAUUUGAAUCUUAAUUGUUUGCUAACAUAAAUGAUUUUAUUCCUUAGUUUCGAGUAAAUAGCUGUUAAUUAGUUACUGAUAUCUUACAUUUCUUACUGACAUUAAACCUUGAAAAUGGAA